UUUUCUUUAGAAGGAGCUUGAAAAAUGACGACCCCAACGCAGCUGAUACUCUCCUUCUUCCUCCUCUUAUCUCUCUCCACCGUCGCACUUUCCGAUGAAGAAGAUUGCGUUUAUUCCCUCUACAUAAGAACGGGAUCAAUCAUCAAAGGCGGAACCGACUCCGUCAUCAGUUUAACACUCCAAGAUGGCUACGGUGAGUUCGUCGAGAUCAGCAACCUCGAAACCUGGGGCGGGUUAAUGGAGCCAGAGCACAACUAUUUCGAGAGGGGUAAUCUGGACAUCUUCUCGGGUAGGGGACGCUGCUUGUCUUCCCCUGUAUGUUCCAUGAACUUAACCUCGGAUGGGUCGGGUCCAGGCCAUGGAUGGUACUGUAACUACGUGGAGGUCACCGUCACCGACGUCCAUUCCCCUUGUAGCCAGCAGCUGUUCACGGUGGAGCAAUGGUUGGCGCUCGACGCCUCACCCUACAACCUCACGGCCAUCAGGAACAACUGUUCCUCGGAGUUUCCUGUUGAUCGUCGCCGUGAUCGUAUGUCUACUGUCUAGCUCUACCAUGUUAUGAGUCUUUAUUAUGUACGGUGA